AGACAAGUCAUAUCUAGCUAGUAGCUCCCUGAAAAGUUCACUAGAGAAGCAUUUGAGGGAGGAGCCAUGUCUGAGGAGAAGCACCACCACCACCUGUUCCACCACCGCAAGGCAGAGGAGGAGGAAGGCGCCUCCGGCGAGGUCGACUACGAGAAGAAGGAGAAGCACCACAAGCACAUGGAGCAGCUCGGCCAGCUCGGCGCCAUCGCCGCCGGCGCGUACGCUCUGCACGAGAAGCACAAGGCCAAGAAGGACCCGGAGAACGAGCACGGCCACCGGGUCAAGGAGGAGGUGGCCGCCGUCGCCGCCGUGGGCUCCGCCGGGUUCGCCUUCCACGAGCAUCACGAGAAGAAGGACGCCAAGAAGCACGCCCACAACUGAUCCGUCGCAGGCUGCCUCAGCCGAAGCAGCAGCACAUCGUCGCGGUUGCUGUUUCAUCUGUUCUCCCAGCCUCGUCUUCGUCUACUGUGUGCCGGGCAGGCCUUGAUUUGAGGCUUUGAGCUACCGAUAUUUGCACGGACGUAGGAACUGUGUUGGUCCUCGGCGUUCUUGUAUCAAGAUCAAAUCAGGCCUUCAAUAAGUGUGUGUGUGUGCAUAUAUCUUUUUUUUAAAAUUUAUCUCUUUUUUUUUGUAUCGAGAGAUGUUCUGAAUAAUGUGAAUUUACGUGUGUUUAUAUAAACGAAUUUAAGAAGUCCGCCCUGAUUUGCUUCGUCUUUAACUAAAACACGCAAUGAGAAAUAGUACUCCUUGACUAUU